GUUACUCAUGGCAAAAAUGAAUAAAGCUAAAAAAAACCAUAAUAAUGAAAAAAAAAGCAAAAACAAAAUCCCACUGUUACUAUAAGCAAAUUUUCCCCGCCCUAACCUCAUUUAUCCGUCUACUGAAACCUAAAAUGGUGUUUGACGAUAAGACCCGUGACAGUAUGGACAUUGUUUCUUUCAUUAGUUUGUAGGAAGUGUUUAUUAGUCCAACACAACUGUCAGCACUAUACAUGCUUAGAACUUCUAGCGGCAAUAUUACCCUGCAAUCGAUUUAGAUCAUGUACAUAAAAUCGUGUAGUUGUAUCCUGCGCUACUUACACGCCUCACAGUCUCACUGUGAUUUGAGGGAAAUUAAGACCGUGUCAUUUGGAACUGGAAACUUAAUGGAGAAUUAAAGAAGAUCAAUGGAUAGUCAACAUUUAAAUAUCAGCGAUGCAAACAGAACGAGAGACUUCGGAGACAACUUGGACUUCUACGACACCCCAAACAUUCCCGAAGGAUUACGUUUUGCCGCUUACAUUCUCAAUGAACACAGUAUUCCUAUACUUUUUUCAGUAGGAGUCUGCUUCAACAUAAUCAUCAUCAUCAGCUUCCUCUCCUCGGAGUUAAACAGAGUGUCCACAUGCUUAUAUUUUGUAGCCUUGUCGUUUGUUGAUACUGCGUACCUAGUGCAGAUGAUGGUGCCGUGGGCUUCACAAAGAUUAUACAACAUCUACGCCGUGGCGGGGAUCUGUCAGUUAACUUACUAUCUCCAUUAUCUCAGUACCUUUAUGGAGUGGUGGUUGAUGGUGCUAAUGAUGAUGGAGAGGACGCUGUUUCUUCUUAAUCGAAAGAAAGCGAAAGUGUUAUGCAGCCCGUUUCGCACGAAAUGUACCAUUAUUUCAGUGUGCGUCUUUUCGAUUGUAUCCCAUCUGUACUUGACGUGGACGAGUGCCGUCAUAACGAUCCGCCAUGUUGAUAACUGUAUCAUAAUUCCCGAGAAUCUUAAGAACAUAUAUUUACUGAGGAAAAUAGAUAGCUUCUUCUCCUUCAUUGUCCCAUCGAUAUGUGUCAUUGCCAUGACGACAGUGUGCAUUGUAAAACUUUGUGACAAGCGACGAAGUCUUGGGAGGCGUCCAUCGCAUGCAAGCUUCAGACGAACAAACUCCAAUCAGCGACCGAGCAGUUUAGUGCCUGACGACAGAGGAGUGAUUUACCUUAAAAAAUUCAAUCCACGAACUUUCAUGAGAAGUGAGAGGGUGACAGUGACGUGCUGCAUUCUGUCGGCCAUUUUUCUCCUUUUGUGUGUGCCUUUCGACUCCCUGAGGACAAGACUCACGUUUGAGGUCCAACCCGAUUAUCUAGAUCAAAAGUGGUUGGAGAUCUUAAGUGUCUUCUCAGCCUUUAAUUAUACUUGCAAAGCCUUUGUGUAUUUUGUGGUUAUCAAAGAAUUUCGUCAAACUGUUUGGGUUUUGUUGAAACGAACAAUUUCACCUUGUCGUAACAUUAAAUUCUCUCUUAAGUUUCAUCUAAUGUGAAAACAUGAUCAACAUUGUGCAUGUAAUGUAUCACCCCCACCGUGUCUGUAUGAAUUAAAAC